GCAGCUGUACUUGGAAUGGAGGUAGGGAUAGUCUGUCGUGGCAGCAUGGCAACGUAGGUAGACCGUUUCACUAACUCAAGUCAAAAAACCAGUUUAUUUACCGACUAUAUCCGUGAAGUGUCGCUUCGCAAGCGUACACAAUACGCAGAGCUUUUUCGAAACAUUUAAUUUAUUGCCGUCCGUGUGUCCUUAUCAGAAAUUAUUUUUAAAGCGUUUAUAUUUAAAGUUGUAUUAAAAGUAUUGUAACUUUAAUUCAAACUAGUGUCUUUUAUAAAUUUAAAACUAGUGAUAGGUGUGUCGCAGCGUGAAUUUUGAAUCGUGAGUUUAAUUUGUGUGCACUCACGUGAAAAUACAGGUGUUUUGUUGCAUGUGCAGUUCAAACGUGUAAAAAAGAGAUGUUGAUAGAUUGCGGAACACAUCUUCAGUUCGAUUGCAUACAUCAGUGAACUUCGUGUGACGAAUUCUUUGCGGACUUUAUCGAAAACAUGUCCGCGAACCCUAAUCUGCACCAGAUCGUGAGCAACAAUUCCUGAUGUUCUGGUGUGAGAUCGGCUGAGAUGCAGCCAUGGCGAGCGGCAAGGCUAUGUAUUCUAUAGCCGUUGUUGUGUUCGGCUUCAUAUGUUUUGUGGUCGGUGCCAUAGCGGUGGGCCUACCAACAUGGGGCUAUUAUUACAGUUAUGAUUCUGGCAUAGAUAUCGCAUUGCAGUGGCACUCUUUCGAGAACCCGAACUACGACAAAGGCUACUUCGGGCCAUGGCGCAUGUGCAAGAGUCUGCUCUACAACAGGGAGAAAUGUGGCGACGACGUUUCCAAAUUCAGACCCUCGACUGCGGUCCACAUAGCGGGCGUAGUCGGAGCGAUCGGUACUUCUGUGCUCGGCGUGUUCUGCGUGCUGUCAGUACUGCAGCUAGCCAUGAUCUCGUCCAAGGAGCGCGUCGGGCUGAAGUACUCCACCCUCGUCAUGCUGAAGCUGGCGCUGGCGCUGUUAGCCGCGUUGCUGUCCAUAGCCGCGGCAGGUCUGUUCGCCGUGCAGGGCGAUGACAGAGGCUUCAGGGUGACGAGGGGAGAGGCGUUCUAUGUGCAGAUCGUGUGCAUAGUAAUAAACUCGCUUCUAUUCAUCAUGUCUGUGUACGACGCGCUGUUCACCCGCCGCAGUGGCGGAGACCCCACGCACGAGACCGACUCUACUACCAUCAAUAACCCUGGCUUCAAGGAGGGCCGAGGUAUCUCGAUGACGGACGCGUCCGGCAAGCCGUACAGCAGCAACGGGCACGGCUCGGUGGCGUCCAUGAACACGACGGCCACCACGCUGACGGGCGCCUCCGACGCCAGCAUCACGCGCUCGCCGCUGCGCUCCUCGCUGAAGAAGCCCCGCCCCGCGCCCGCGCCCGGCCUCGGCAUCCCCAACCCCGGCUACUCGGGGCACUCGCCGCCGCUCAACCGGAACGGCAGCCAGAAGAAGGUGCGCAUACAGACGCACAGCACUGAGGUGUAGGCGAGAGAAUAUGACACACGGAGGAUUUAACCGUAUCAAUGGUAUAAUAAUAUACUCCGCCUGGUAUUCUCUUCCCGUCUUCGUGGUCACGUGACUGACACAAGGCUACGUCAUCAUGCGACAGCGCUAUAUGAUAAUAAUAUGCGAUAGCGCUAUAUAAAGUGGCAAUGUUAUUGUGACAGGCUUGUGGUCACUCUGGGAAGAGAAUACCAUGUUUUAUGACCGUAUCGAAUACAAUGUGAGCAUGUUUGGGAACAAGUAGUGUCUCACCGAAAUCGGUUUUACGAAACUGAAGGUCGAUUUUGCUCUAGUUUUUACCGAAUCCGAACCUGAUUUGAAUGAUUUUUAUACCGAAACCGUCGGGAGGACGCUCGUUCGCCAGUUUUUUGACGGAAAGCGAACUUUCGACCGAAUGGCAAUCGGCCUGUCAAUAAAUAAUAUCGAAUAAAGAUAACGUUCGGAUAUCAACUGCAGCUGCAUUAUUUAUAUAAGGUAGAGUUAAGGAAGACUAUCUCCUUGUAUCAAAAAAUGUCCGUCGAAAAACCUUAAAUUGGUGACGCCACAAUACCUAGAAUAUUAAAUAAAAAAAUCAAAUCAUUGACAACGCACUUCACUCCGUCAAUAACGUCUUCUCUGGAGAGAUUUGGAACCGUUAACCUGAUAGCUAGACAUUUUUGCUAAUAUUCUCCCAUAAAAGAGUUCUCUCCUUACCUCUACCCUCCAUAGCAUUAAGGUGACAGUCCAUUUCCGACAACAGCUGCAUGUUCAUUUUACUAUAGAAAUUGACAAUGACAGCGACGUGUUCAGUACCGGUAGUGCAGCUUCGGUUAGAAAUGGAAUGUUACCAUUAUUGUUGCAGCGUCGCUGUUGCCGCCGCUGUAUCUGUCAAUUUUCUCGAUAAAUUGAAUGACACAAUGAAUGUCAUAAUCGCGACAGUAAUGGGGCGGCAAGCGUCACUUUAAAUGGACAAAUACAGCGGCGACAACAAACAGUAAAGGUAACAUUCCAUUUCUGACCGCAGCUGCACUACUGCUCCGACACGUCGAUGUAUUGUCAAUUUCCAUAGUAAAAUGAAUGACAAUAACGUCGCCACAGCACCCACCUUACAGCAGCAACCUUAAAUGUGACAGUCCAUUUCCAACGACAGCUGCAUUACUGUUGCGACGUUACUGUCAUUCAUUUUACUAUGGAAAUUGACAAUAACAUCGACGUGCCGGAGCAGUAGUGCAGCUGCGGUUAGAAAUGGAAUAUCACCUUAAUGUAACCCCAGUUGACAUCCGAACGUCACCUUUAUGAAAGCAUGUGUCUAUCUGACGCAGAAAAGGACUAAGAAAAACUACAAGGACAUUGAUUUACUUGUUUAGACAUAAAUUUAGACCAAUUUUAUACACUUAACUUAAAUUGUAACAAUUUAAGCAAUAUUUAUUUCGUGACUUGAAUAUACAUACAUACUUAAUUCACAUUUACAUAAAAUGGUUAUACAACAAUUAUUUUGCUACGGCAAAAUGUAACAUGUCAACUUUUUGUAGUAAAUUAAACUGCAUAUCUGUUUCUUGGAUCAAAACGUCAAAUUUAAUAUCAAGAACCACCUUAAACGCUUCUUAAACAAUUUUUUUACAAAUUUGAUUGCAACUUAAAUAAAAUUUUAUUUAGAUACGAUUGUCAUCAAAUUAAAUUUGAACUGAAUUGAACUUUACCUUUGAACCCAUAAUUCUAUGAGUUUUAUAUCAUAGCUAUUUGUAAAGACACUUUGUUAUGACUCCUCUACACGAUGGGCCAACGCCGGCCACUCCAAGGGACGCAUUUAUGCGUUAGAGGGAGCAAGUGAUAUUGCUAUCUCAUUCUACCGCAUGGCUGCGUCCCUUGGAGUGGCCGGCGUUGGCCCAUCGUGUAGAGGAGCCAUUAUGGUUCCAUAGUUUUUGCUGAGUGUCCAGGUGGACACCUAAAAUUACCUGAAAAGUAAUACCUGAAGUUGAUACGUUAUUCUCAAAAUACGCAUCUUAGUCCUAAGGCAAACGAAACUUGUAAAUGUCACUGGUCUUACCUGACUUAAGUAAUUUAGUUGGUAUAUUUAGCUUGUAAGAUAUGCAAAACCUAGAUAUUUGCUUAUAUUUUUAAAAUGCACGUUUUUAAAUACAGGGUGUUUUUCGACCGUAGUAGGCCAUAUUAUGCGAAAUGGGUAGGUCAUACUGAACAACUUCGACUAUGGGACCAACUUCAAAGUCGCGAAAAACAAAAAAUAUUUUUUUACUAUUUCUUGACUGAAUCCAUAGUGAAAUUUGUUCAGUAUUGCCUGUCUAACCAUCUUGUACCAGACGGCUAAGGUAUCUCAGGUAGAGUCAGUCCAUAAAAUAUUCCUUGAUCCGACUCUACACAUGUCCUAUUAAAAUCUUUUACCUGGUUUUAACCUUUUGAGCACCAUCUGUCAAAUCCAAGCUAGCAAAUAUAAACCUUACUGGAAACGUUGUAGGUACAGAAGUCAAUCACAUGUAUGUACUUCGCUUUUCAUACCUACGCUCGGCGGUCGCUCUAGGGUUGUUAACUAUAGCUUAUGCACAAAAAACUAUCGUAGUAGUGGUACUCGUAUCAGGUUGUUUGAUUUAUUGUUGAGGAUGGAAUGGGAAGAAUGGAAAUAUAAAUUAAUAAUAACUAAAAUAUUUUUAUUUUAACCUCUAGCCGCCCAUACGUCAAAUAUUGCCAAGCAAAAUGAAAUUUUAUUUUGUUAACACGAAGUUCAAAUUAGAAUGGUUCAGGAGACCUUUUUAUAGGUCUCUGGGCGGAUAGAGGUUAAUGUCAUUGUUAGACUGGUAGUUUAAAAAACGAUAAUUCACCGUUUAUAAUGUUGAAUUUAAACAACCAUCUACUGAACAGUUAUAAUAACUUUUUUUUGUUUCUCCAUUAUUGCACAAAAAAGUUCACAGACGCGUGUCUCAAGCGGAUGGCACUCGCGCUCGCAGUGGUCCCAACCGGUCCGAGAUAUCGUGUCCGUGAGCAGUGUCCAUGUGUGCGUUGCUCGAGCGCACUUUGUAUGUAGAUUGAUUUCUGUACCUAUGUUUUGUGUUGUAGGUUACUUUGACAACGUACGCUAUAGCACUUACAAAAGCGUUCUUGGCGUCAGAGGCACGACUUCUAGGGUUCUUGUCGUUGAAAGCGGUAAGCGGCAGUAUAAAUAUAAGCAAAUAUCGAAAAGCAUCGCACACACUGUGAUGUAGAUAUCGGUUAAGUGGCAAGUGUUAGCACGCUUCAUACAUCAUGAAUCUCUACAUAUCUCACUAUUUACACCGUUUUAUACUGAUGAUUUUAUAUCGCAAUAAUUUUAUUUGUGAAAUGGAGACCACAUAAAUGGCUUGAGAGCAAUCAAAAUGAUUCUCGUUCUAUGAUAUUCUUUACGAAGGCCGACUUGCACCAUCUCACUAACCCGGGGUUAAGCGGUUAAACCGUUAACCUAGUAUCAAAUUGUACUGGUAACCAUGGUAACUCUAGGUUUAACUGGUUAACCCCGGGUUAGUGGAAAGGUGCAAGUGGGCCUACGUGAGUUUUUAUGAGUAUUUUCUUGUGUACUUAUAUGAACAUGACCAAUUUUAGACGAAAUCUUCUGAAAUAUAGCCACAGGGCUAUGUGGCGAUCAAAGACAAAUAGUAAUAGUAAAUAAUAAAGAUCUGAACAACAUGACAGUUGUAUAUGGCGUAAUUAAAAACAUAUUGGAGUGAUAUAAAGUUAGAAUGUAACUGUGAGAUCCUCGUAUUUCAGCCCGUACAAGAUUAGAACGUUGAGCUUUAUUGCUUAAUAUAAAAGUCCAGUUUUAAAUAAUUGACCUGAGUAUGAUUCGUUAUGACUUAAGUUCUUUGGUGAAUAACAUUGUCCGUCACACAUGACGUCAGCGCGUUACGCGUUACGCUGUCUCGAGUUUAUCAUUUUUUCCCCACCUCAAAAAGUGCUCAGCGCCGCUAAAGAAGUUUUCACUUCAAAAAACAGUCAUUUUGUAUGGCGCUUGGCAUGGUAGUAACGCCAUUUAUACGAUUCUUGAGUUAAGUUUGUAUGAAAGUUUCACUACACAGUGACCCGAUUUCAUUGCUCUUUGGAUAAGAUGGAUAAAAAAGUAAGAUUUCAUAAUUAUGUCAAAAAGAUUUUCUUUAUUAUUUACUAUUAAGGCGAAAAGUUUCAAAACUAUUCGAAAGUAAAUGUCAUAGUUAUUUACAAUCAAAUAGUUGUAAGACUUAAUACCUUUUUUUUACACAAUUUUAUAUACUUAAUUACGUUUAUGUAUAUUUUCGUGAACAAAGUUCUUUUCUAUAUAUUGUCUACGCGUGUACAUAGUAUAAUUAUUACCAGCACAAAGUGUUGAGAGAAUGUUAUAUACAUAUAGCUUGUUGUAUAUUUCUAUGCAAUUCAUUUUAUCACUUAACUGUAAGUUUAGUUGCAAUAUAAUGACUACUUUUAUAUAAGUUAGUAUUACACAGUAUUGUAAAUAUACAUUCCUAAAAUAAAUGAAACCCACCAGGCUUGUUACAUACAAGAUCGUCACGUUAAUUUAGGGUAAAAACAUAUUUUUGGUCAUUUUAUACCUUCAGUGCUAAAAACUUAAGCAAUGCCCCUUCUUGCAUUCUUGUAUACAUUUCCGAUAACCAGUUUGAGUCAGACCAUAAGUUAGCAGCGAUUUUGAUAGCACAGACUGGGCAAGUGUUAUAUAAAAACUUCUAUGAAAUUAUAACAGACUACCGCACCGCAACUUUGGUGUAUAAUAUCUUUCUCGCUCUCCCUUAUGGGUGCGGCGCAACAAGGUCGCGGUGCGGUGCGGUGGUCUAUACUAUACGGCUUUUACACUUUGCGCAGUCAAGUCUAUGCUAUCAAAGUCACUGCCAACUUGGCUUAGUCUGACUCUAUUUAUGCUGAUUUAUUUUCUAAUAAUUACAUUAAAAAGAGUGGGCACCAAACUUAAUCUAAGUACAUUACGAGAUUCAGUCAGUACUUACAUACAACUAGGGCUCAUUUAGACGAUGCGAGAACUCGCAUGGGAGUUUUUACAUUGCGGUUUUUGAUCGGUCGGUUGAAUUGGACGUAACCAACAGUCCGCAAUGUAACUAAAAUCGCAUGCGAGUUCGCGCGCCGUCUAAAUCAGCCAUUUGUUAUCAAACUGUAUGUCUCGUUUGGAAUUUCAAAUAUGGAAUGUCCGCCCAAAUUUCACUGCUGCAUAGUACAGUUAGCAACGUAAUUAGCUGAGCGACUCUGCAUACAAAUAUGUAUGCAGGGGUGCUAAGCUAAUAGUUUUGCUGACUGUACAUACAAGAGGGGUUUUGUUUAAAUGUUCUACCUAUAAGAGCGUCUUGUUUAGAUGUUCCUCGCUUUAAGUCUUGAUUAUAGUAGGCAUUGUUUCAUAUGCUUUUUCUAAUUGGCAAAUCAUGUGAAACAAAAUAAGCCAAAUAAUCAUCAUCAUCAUCUCAGCCUAUAUACGUCCCACUGCUGGGCACAGGCCUCCUCUCGAGCGCGAGAGGGCUUGGGCUAUAGUCCCCACGCUAGCCCAAUGCGGAUUGGGGACUUCACAUACACCUUUGAAUUUCUUCGCAGAUGUAUGCAGGUUUCCAGCCAAAUAAUUAUAUAUGAAAAAUUUCAACAGGACGCUCUGAACCCUCUUCACAAGAGAGUUGACAAAACGAACGAAGGAACCAAUGUUACAUCUUAAAAUGGGCGAAGAAUCUAUUAUUUUUUCCACGAAAAAAAAAAGAUUAUAGAAUCAUUAGAGCAAACUUAGACGCUUUUGUUUGCUUUUAGGAUUAGAAAACACUUCGCAGAAGUAAGCACGCGGUUAUGACACUAACGGCCUAUCGCAAAAAAAAUCGAAAUUUCGUUACCUGCCUCUCUAUCGUUCUUGCAUAUUCGAGUUAUAAAGAGGCAAAUAAAGAAAUUUAUAUUUACGUUUUUCGCGGUAAUGCCUCAACGCACCGCACGCGGCUCCGGUGUGUGAGCGAGACAUUUGCACAUAAAUAGCGAGGUCCCGCUCUCACACCGAAGCAGCGACCGUUGCGCAUCGAGAUAUACAUACUUCGUUGCUCAUACUUACUUCUACAGGCCGCCUAGCCAAGGUUACAAUCGCUAUCGCUUCGACAACGAAAAUCAUUAUGUAUCUCUAUCACUCUUCCCCAUUAGUGUGACAGUGACAGUGACAGUUGCGUUUCGAUCGCUACGGAGCGUUAGCGAUUGGCAUCUUGGCUACGCGGCCUGGUGUUCUUUCUUUCGUUCGUUUGGUCGUCUAACACUAGACUAUAUUAAAUUUUGUGCCUUAGGUACCCAACAAAAUGCAAACGUGCCUUCAACCCUUAGCCUUUACCCUAUGGUUGUUGACUUGUAAAAUUUAAAACCUACAAUUGUUUUCGAUAUAAUUUAGGAUAUUAAUUUUCUUUAUCCGUCCAAACUCUGGUCUUAAGAUUAGUUGAUAUUAUAAUAGUGUAUUUAGCUGUAAGCAUGAAAUGAGUGGAAUCAAAUUUUUUAUUGUUGUUAAAUUUGUUGUUGGAAUUCACCUGUUUUAUAUGGUACCAACGCUUGAGUUUCAACUUUAGUACAGUUUAUGUUGUGAGGCAAAAUAUUAUAUUUACAAUAGUAUGUGUUUUCCUUCUUUCAAGUUUUGGUGUAUAAAAACAUUUUAUAUUAUUUGAAAAUUAAAACUUGAUCCUCCUGAA